AUGUUUGUAAUACUGAAUUGGAGACGUCUUCUUAUUAUACCAAGAAAUGAUUUUGUACCAUCUGAAACGUUGGGAACGCUAACUGACUGGACUGGUGCCAAUUAUUCCACAAGCAUUUGUAACUUGGCCAGCCGCCAUCUUGGAUUAUUACCGUGUCGUCGAUGUGGCAUUAGUACUCUACUGUUUCGUCACAAGGGCUUUUCUAGGCCUGUGAUGUACUACUCCAAUUCGAAUGCGAUUUUUCAACCCGAGCUGUUAAUCAUCAGCGGGGAUGUUAAUGUAAAUCCAGGGCCUGUGAGUAAACGAAACCAAGCAUUAGGUCAACUGCUCCAACAUGUCCACAGGGACACCCAACGUCAAUUUUCGGAAAAUAUCUGUUCGGAAGACGAUUUCAGAUCUAGAAUUUUCGGAACAUUUGUUGUAAAAUUUCUUCCUUGCCUGCCUAUCCUAGGAUUUUCGAACAUCUAAAAAAUGGUAGAAUUGCCCAUUUUUAACCGAUUUUUACUAUGAAAAGGUCAUCUAGAAUUUUCGGGAGCCUUUUUUCUGGCUGAAAAUUUCGAAAAGGUAAGUUUUGGUCCCUAUAAUUUUCGGAUCACCAGACUUUCAGCUACGAAAUCCGAACACAUGAAAAAUUUUUAGGGGAUAAAAAUAUGCCUAUAUCUACCGUUUAGAUAUAUACUAACAUACGUUUAACAAUGUUAUGUUUAAGUGGUUUUGAACUAUAUUCUCGUUGGGUGCCCCUGAUGUCCAGUUAGUGAGAAAGCUGUUGCUGAAAAGAAUCAAAGGCGCUUUGUAUGUUGGAUGUGUCAUGAUAAGACGCAUGUCAAAUGUUCAAGUUCUACGGCUGAUUCUUGAGUUUUCUCUGCUUCCUCGCCUGUCUCGUGGACCUGUAAUCGAUGUGCCUUCGCCUCAUUACUAUUUUUCGAGGAAAGCUCACGUGAUGAUUCUAACGUCUUGA